UUGCCUGGGUCUCACAGGGUUCUUUGUCGCGCAGGCUCAGCUGGAAGCUCAGAAGGCCACGCAGGACUUCCAGAGGGCCACCGAGGUGCUCCGCGCCGCCAAGGAGACCAUCUCCCUGGCCGAGCAAAGGCUGCUGGAGGACGACAAGCGGCAGUUCGACUCGGCCUGGCAGGAGAUGCUGAACCACGCCACACAGAGGGUCAUGGAGGCAGAGCAGACCAAGACGAGGAGCGAACUGGUGCACAAGGAGACAGCGGCCAGGUACAAUGCUGCCAUAGGCCGCAUGCGGCAGCUGGAGAAGAAACUCAAGAGAGCCAUCAACAAGUCCAAACCUUAUUUUGAACUCAAGGGAAAGUACUACGUGCAGCUUGAGCAACUGAAGAAGACCGUAGAUGACCUACAGGCCAAACUGACCCUGGCGAAAGGAGAGUACAAGACGGCCCUGAAGAACCUGGAGCGGAUCUCGGAUGAGAUCCACGAGCGGCGGCGCUCCAGCGCCAUGGGGCCUCGGGGCUGUGGCGUGGGCGCCGAGGGCAGCAGCACAUCUGUGGAGGACCUGUCUGGGGGCAAACCGGAGCCGGAUGCAGUUUCUGUGGCCUCAGAGGCUUUUGAAGACGACAACUGUAGCAACUUUGUGUCUGAAGAUGACUCAGAAACUCAGUCUGUGUCCAGCCUCAGUUCAGGACCAACAAGCCCGUCUGAAGUGCCGGACCAGUUUCCUGCAGUCACGAGGCCCGGCAGCCUGGAUCUGCCCAGCCCUAUGUCCCUGUCAGAGUUCGGGAUGAUGUUCCCGGUGCUGGGCCCUCGGAGUGAGUGCAGUGGGGCCUCCUCCCCAGAGUGUGAGGGAGAACGAGGAGACAGGGCAGAAGGGGCUGAGAAUAAAACAAGUGACAAAGCCAACAACAAUAGAGGUCUCAGCAACAGUGGUGGUGGUACCAGGGGUAAGAGCCAAAACACCUCCCCCGAGGGCCAGGCCUUGGAGACCCGGAUGAAGCAGCUCUCCCUCCAGUGUUCAAAGGGAAGAGAUGAUAUUAUUGCUGACAUAAAACUGGUGCAGAUUGGCUGAUCCACUGAGCCACGGCCCAUGUGCAAAAGAACGCACGUGAAACUGGAGAACAUUGUGCCAAUAAUUGUUUAACAUAUGCCAAACCGUACGCAUUUACUCUAAACUGCACUAAUGACGUUUCAGUGACCUUGAAGGCUGAAGAGUUUACUUCCGGUAAGAGCUCUUGGGCUGGUUUGUUUGUCAGAGCAGAGGUAUCGCAGGUGGACUGUGAACAGGCUCACAGCCUUUGUGGAACAUUCCCUGUAAGAGGGUUGUGGAAGCAAUAACUAGUUUCUGUGAAAGAACCCAACCAUGGAAUCGGGCUGGAAGCUUAGCUAAACUGGAGACCAUAACUUGAAUCUCUUCCCUUCUCUGGCCCUCAGUUUGGGGAAACUGAGAUGUUCUCUCCAUUAUAUCCCAGGGCAUUUAAAUAGUUUAAAAACCCACACAACAAAUAAAGGUGUUCAGAGUACACCUUUGUGACCUAGUGAAGGCUUAAAUAUUCCAAGAACAUAAUUCAUUUUCAUCACCUCUGGGGUUGAGAGGGGCAUUUUUUUAAAAAGCAUGUUUGCUGGGACACUCUUUAAAACCAUUUGCUAGGAAGGCUACCAUAAACUGCACUUUUGGGGGUGGGAACGGUGAGCAUCAGCGUGGGGUAGGGGUAUGAGGGUAGCAGGGACAUAGCACAGAAGGGGAUUUGUGGCUGUGCGAGAGAAGGGUCCGUAACAUAACCUUAUCCUGCCAGCCAAGGGGAUUUAUUCUAAGAGAAGUGCAUGUGAAGAAUGGCUGCCAUUGUUGUAUCUAGACUGACCAGGUGUUCAUUUCUCUAUAGGUUGUUACUUUAAAUGAAACCACUGAAGGGUUACGCUGCACUAGUUUUUCUUAAAGCUAGGGAAGGGAAUAGGCAUGUGUUGGCAAGGCUGUUAAAUAGAAGCAGUGGGGUCUGUUAUGCUACCAGUAGUGUUAAGGCUGCUUUUAUUAUUUUCUUGGUUACGCAUAUUUGGAGUGCUGUAUUUCAUUUGUCUUGUUUUGUUAAAUUUAGCAUUUCUAAAAGAAAAGCAAUCUGCCCAUUUCAAGUUGUUAGUUACUACUGUCACAGCUUGUAUAGUCAUUUGUAUAUCUCUUCAUACUGUAGUAGGUUCUCCUUUUUUAUUGACUGAUACAGUACCCUGAUUACAAGGUUAUUUUGUACUUGUCUUAAUACCUUGAGUGUAAUAAAAACUGCUUAAGAAAA